ACUUGAACACAGUGAGAGUAAGUACGAAGGCCAUGGCUCGGGCAUUGCUCUACCCAUGCCUGCUCUUCCUAGCCUCGACCGCCACCGCUUCCUUGCACUUACAGUGCCUUGAAAACCCACCAGACCUGACUGCAGGCGGCAAUGAGGUAGGCCAGGUCGUCGACAACCUGGCUGGAUUCACGGCCUACGUCGCUGGCUCCAUCCACUCCAACCGGGCCAUCGUCCUGGCCUCUGACAUCUUCGGUUUCGAAGCGCCAUUGCUGAGGCAGAUAGCCGACAAAGUUGGUGGAGCUGGAUACUACAUUGUGGUGCCUGAUUUCUUCAAUGGGCAACCUUACACAGGAGACCCAAGUAUAAACAUCACCCAAUGGAUUGAUGAUCAUUCUCCGGUAAAAGCAGCUCAAGAUGCUAAACCAAUAUUUGCAACUUUGAAAAAGAAGCAAAAAUCUAUUAUUGGAGUUGGAGGAUAUUGCUGGGGCGGAAAGUUCGCAGUUGAGAUAGCAAAAAUGAACGAGGUAGAAGCAAUUGUCAUCUCCCAUCCUUCAUCAGUCGUUGUUGAUGAUAUGAGAGAGGUCAAAUGCCCUAUAGAGAUCCUUGGAGCUCAGAACGACACAACUACACCACAAAAAUUUAUAUAUCAGUUUGUGCAUGCCCUGCGUAAAAGAAGUGAUAAGAUUCCAUACUAUGGCAAGAUCUUUCCAGGAGUAGCGCAUGGCUUUGCUUGCAGAUACAAUUCCACCGAUCCUUCGGCAGUUAAAACCGCUGAAGAAGCUUUUGCCUUAAUGCUCGACUGGUUCGGCAAAUACCUCAAAUGAAACAGACGAAAAAGCUAAUCAUGCAAGUCUGGUACUCAUCCAAAUAAAAUUUCUUAGCCGUGCAAAGUGUAACCUUCGUUAGUCUGUAACUCUGUACAUUGCAUGUUUGUAUUGUGAAUCUAUGUGGAACUUUAUGAAAUGCAUUUUCAUGUAAUUAUUUUAUAAAGAGCUACAGUUUGGGAUAA